AUGCCCGCUCCAACGAAACUGGAUCCCCGGAUCAAGACAUUGAUUGAAAAUGGAGUGGCCAAACAUCAUCGCUCAAUGUUUGUGAUUGUUGGGGAUAAAGCACGAGAACAGAUCCCAAUCCUUCAUCACAUGCUGACAAAGGCCGUGAUCGGAGAGCGACCCUCGUUGCUGUGGUGUUACAAGAAGGAUCUCGGCUUCUCUUCGAACAAACAGAAAAGAAUGAGACAAAUGAAGAAGAAGAGUCAAGUCGGAAAUGUCAUGCUUUCCGAUAGUCCGCUGGAUUCGUUCCUCUCGUCGACCAAGAUUCGCUAUUGCUAUUAUUCGGAGACGAAGAAUAUCCUCGGGAAUACCUAUGGAAUGGUCGUGCUUCAGGACUUCGAGGCCCUAACGCCGAACCUUUUGGCCCGAACUGUCGAAACAGUGGAAGGAGGAGGAUUGGUGCUUCUGCUGCUCCAUUCUGUCAACUCUCUCCGGCAGCUAUACGCCAUUUCAAUGGACGUUCACCACCGCUACAGAACAUCGGCCAGCGGGGAUGUGACGGCCCGGUUCAACGAGCGCUUCAUCCUCUCUCUUUCCAGCAAUCCCGCUUGCUUGGUAGUUGACGAUUCGCUCCAAGUUCUCCCAAUCUCCAGCCACAUCUCAAAGAUUCAGGCCGUUCCCGCUUCGCUAAAGAACGAGACGACGCCGAAUGACGCGCAAUUGAAGGAGCUGAAGGAUCAGAUGAAGGACUCUCGCCCUAUCGGCUUCCUUCUCAGCAAAUGCAGGACGUUGGAUCAGGGCAAAAUAUUGCUCAAAUUAAUCGACGUGCUAACCGAUAAGGCCCUCAACGUCACCUGCUCGAUUACGGCGGCUCGUGGAAGGGGAAAAUCGGCUGCCUUAGGCCUAGCCCUGGCUUCGGCGGCGGCUUUCGGGUACACGAGCAUCUUUGUCACAUCGCCGUCGCCCGAAAAUCUGAAGACCCUCUUCCAGUUUAUUGUCAAGGGAUUUGAGGCGAUGGAUUGGAAGGAACACAUCGAUUUCGAGACGACCCAGUCAAAAGAUCCGCAAUUCAACAAGGCGCUCGUCAGCAUUGUCAUUACGAGGGAACAUCGACAGGUUAUACAGUACAUCGACCCGUCAGAAGCCGAUAAACUGGGACAGGCCGAAUUGCUGGUAGUUGAUGAAGCGGCAGCCAUCCCUCUUCCACAAGUCAAGAAGCUCAUUUCCGGCCCAUACAUGGUAAUGAUGGCGUCGACAAUCUCUGGAUAUGAAGGAACGGGCAGAUCGCUGUCGAUGAAGCUUCUCACACAAUUGAGGGCUCAAGCCGAGGGACUUGCCACGCUACACAAGGAGAAGAAUAUUGGCGCUAAAGGCCGUAUCCUGCACGAGUUGCAGCUGGAAGAGAGCAUCCGCUAUCGCCCCGGGGAUGAUGUGGAAGCGUGGCUAUCCCGUGUCUUAUGCCUCGAUGCCCCGGCUGCCGCCCAAAAGCUCAAUUGUGGCAUUCCGCCACCGGCCAAUUGUCAAUUAUACUACGUGAAUCGCGACACGCUCUUCUCAUUCCACAAGGCUUCUGAGGCGUUUCUCGGACAGAUAAUGUCAAUCUACGUCUCGGCCCACUACAAGAAUUCUCCAAAUGAUCUGCAGAUGUUAUCGGAUGCCCCUGCCCAUCAUCUCUUUGUAUUGAUGGCCCCCAUUGAGAAAGACGAUACCGGAGUACCGCAGGCGCUGGCCGUUGUGCAAGUGUGUUUCGAGGGCAAUAUCUCGCGGGCUACCGUCUCCAAAUCCCUGAGCACUCAUCAGAUCCCCGCUGGCGAUUUGAUCCCCUGGACCGUGUCCCAGCAAUUCCAGGACAAGCAAUUUCCGUCUCUGUGUGGUGGCCGUAUCAUUCGGAUCGCUGUCCACCCGGAUUAUCAAGGAAUGGGCUACGGGACGAAAGCGCUAGAACAACUGGAGGAAUAUUAUCUCGGAAAGAUCCCCUGCACGGUGGAUAAAUCAGUCAAGGCGAAGAAGGAGGAGAUUGGAACCGUCAAGUCAAGCGCCCUGGGUCUGCUGGAAGAGCAGAUCAGCCCUCGCACCGAAUUGCCCCCACUUCUGCUUCGACUGGAGGAGAGAAAGGCCGAGAAGCUCGAUUAUUUGGGCGUCUCAUUCGGGUUGACACUGCCACUGCUGAAAUUCUGGAAACGGGCCCGCUUCGCGCCCGUCUAUCUGCGCCAAUCGGCCAAUGAUAUCACCGGGGAACACACUUGUAUCGUGUUGAAGCAAUUGGUCCAUGAUGAUGAGGACGAGCGUUGGCUGUACCCAUAUUGGGCGGAGUUCCGUGCCCGUCUCAUCGAACUGCUCUCCUUUGAAUUCCGCAAAUUCACCGCUCAGAUGUCAUUCUCGCUCCUUCAACUCCCCUCCAAUACCCUACCACCUCAACCCAGAAAAGAGCUUACCCGUACAGAAUUGGGUCUCCUGAUCUCUGAUGCCUCUCUGGGUCGUCUGGCAGCGUAUUCUCGUUCUCUGAUCUAUUUUCUCGAGAAACUGUCAGAUGAGGCCAAGUUGUCGGCGGUUCAAGCAGCUCUGUUGGUUGGCAUGGGAAUGCAGAGGAAGGACGGGCAUACGCUGGCUCAGGAGAUCGAUCUGCCGCUCAAUCAGAUAAUGGCCGUCCACAACAAAUCUAUCCACAAGCUCUCCCAGGCCCUGGACACUAUUUGUGAGGGAGCCAUUCAAAAGGCGCUCGAUGGAGAUCACGACGAAGCGGGCGAGGAUGAGACGAUGGAAAAGAUGAAGCCGUUGGCACAGACGCUGGAGGAAGAUCUGGAACGAGUAUCGGGAGAGAUCAAGAAAAGACAAGAGAAGGAUAGAGAAGAAAUGGCAAACGAGAUCCCCGUCAAGGGACUUGACAAAUACGCAAUCGGAGGGUCGGACGCGGAUUGGCAGAAGUUGCUGGCCACCGGAAAUAUGGGCGGAACGGUGUCGUUGAAGAGCAAGAGAAAGCCCGUGUUCAUGGAUAUUCCCGACGAGAAGCCACAGGCCAAGCGGAAGGUCAAGAAG